CCAUUUAAUGCCAGUGGUACAUGCCAGGUUCCGGUCCCUGUGACAACUCUUUAUCUCCCUACUCUGACCAUGUCUGACAUGGCAGUUUGGCGACCAGAAGAUGACCCAAACAUCAGACCUCCACUUCAGGAAGGCCAGGUGUACAGGCCAGACAUACUCAACCUGAUUGAGACGUCAAUUGACGAACUGAGUGCAGAGCUGAGGACGCUAAGUCUCGAUAUCCAUGGCCACCCAGAGCUUAGGUUCGAAGAAAAAUAUGCCCACGACGCAUACACCGCGUUCAUUGAGAAACAUGGUUUCACAGUUACCAGAAAUUAUUAUCUUGAGACUGCCUGGGUGGCUACAUAUACCCAUGGACAGGGAGGGCGCGUUUUGGGUAUCAACUCUGAGAUGGAUGCGCUCCCUGGAAUCGGACACGCUUGUGGACACAAUCUUAUUGGGGUAUCCGGAGUAGCAGUAGCCCUUGCAGCUAAGGCUGCUAUGGAGAAGCUGAACAUCGAUGGAAAAGUGGUUCUACUGGGUACGCCUGCCGAGGAGGGUGGCUUUGGCAAAAUCAUGCUGUAUGAAAAGGGGGCAUAUGACGAGAUGGAUGUGUGCCUCAUGUGUCAUCCUACUCCUGGCCCCCGCCACUCCAUUAGUUUAACUAGUUCCUUGGCUCUUUCUUUCAUCACUGUGGAGUAUCAAGGUCAUACUGCUCACGCUGGAUUGAGCCCUUGGGAGGGAAACAAUGCACUUGAUGCGGCUGUUCUAGCAUAUAAUAACAUAUCUCUUCUUCGUCAGCAGAUUAAGCCUACUCAUCGCGUGCACGGCAUCUUUGAAGGAAAGAAUUGGGCUCCAAAUAUCAUCCCAGACCAAGCUACAAUGCAGUGGCUAGUCCGCGCUCCCACGACGUUGGAGAUGGAAGACAUCAGGCGGCGUGUCACUGCCUGCUUCGAAGCAGCUGCACUUGCAUCUGGAUGCAAAGUCCAAAUUACAAUUACGUCGACAAUCAACGAAAUCACGCAAAACAAGGCACUUGGUGAUGAGCUUGCUGACGUUGUUCUAAAGCGCUACGGUGCUAUAGACUACGAAUGGGGAAUCAAGAAUGCUUCUACUGAUUUCGUGAUGAUGCCUGGUAUUCAUCCUGGUUUUUCCAUCCCGACCAUUCCAGAUGGCGGGAACCAUACCCCAGUAUUCACGGAAGCCGCACGUUCCAAAGUAUCCCAUGACGCCUGUUUGGUAGUUUCGAAGGCACUCGCGGCCGUAGGCAUGCGAGUGUUGACUGAUGAGGCGUUCCUAAAAAAAGUGAAAGAGACAUUUGAGGAAGAAAGACAACUAAGAGUGUGACUGCUAGCCUUCAAUGCGGGCGCCUUUUCUUUGGCUAACCUCAGAUGAUAAGCGUAUGCAUGAUCAACUUGUCUUACAACGACUCGCAAGGUUCAAGCAUGGACAUAGAGUUACCAGUAGGUUGCGAUAUAUUUUUUUCACUUACUACACCGUAG